AUGAUUACUCAAUUUUCUUGGAUAUUUCUUUUGGGCAUUCAACAUGAAGUUUCAGUACUUCGUUCUUUUAGUGAUCUGAAUCAUCACCAUCGUGUAUACACAAACAGCAUUCAUCACUAUCAAAAGGAGCAGCCAUCCAAUAACAACAUUGUGUUUGGCAAUAACACUAUGCUGGACCUGCAAAAUCCAAGUUAUCCUACACCUAUCCCAACACAGACCUCCUAUCCUACGACAUCUCCUAAAAACCAAUUGGUCUCGGUCCCAAUCUACAUGAAUUCGCCACCUAGUCCACAACAAGAUCCAUCAAAUACAGUCUUUUUAUCACCUCAUUCCGAAUAUUUGAUUCCUGUUACAGCUAUCCAUAACUAUCGAGCAAAUAAAGAAGAUCCCAACGAGCUGUCAUUUACAAAAGGUGAAUUGCUGUAUGUCCAUGAAAAGAAGGGAAGCUGGUGGCAAGCAAAGAAAUCGGAUGGUACCAUUGGCAUGAUCCCUAGCAAUUAUGUGAAUUAG